AUGAUAGCCACGGCGCUCAUCGUCCUAGCCCUAGCGCCGUCAUGUGUAGCAAUUUUAGCCGUUCAGAAUGCAACGGUGAUGCCAGUGCCAGCCGCCUACAAUGAUCUCUCAGCAAGUGCUGAUCUUCGGGAUCAUAUUGGUUGGGUAUGGUACCAGACUCUGGUGAUCAUUUCUGACCGCGACAGGGGUCAGCGUAUAGCGCUUCGCUUUGGCAGCGUCAACUACUACGCCAAAGUGUUCUUCAACUCACAAGAGGUCGGAUCUCAUGUAGGUGGACAUCUGCCAUUCCAAUUUGAUGUCACAAGGCUGGUCAAGUUUGGAGCUGUGAAUAAGAUCACUGUUGCUGUAAACAACACUCUCUCAUGGUCGACAAUUCCACAAGGCGAUUUCAAUUACAUGAAGGAUACUACACGAUUCAUUGACGGCAAAAAUAUUUCUCGAACACCCAACGGUGCCUUCAAAAAUGUUGGUAAUUUUGAUUUCUUCAACUACGCUGGAAUUCUGCGAUCCGUCUAUUUGGUGAAACUUCCGCCAAGUCAUAUCGUUGACGUGUGGAUUAUCGCCGAACACCUAGGAUCAUUUUCUUAUGAAGUCACACUGAGUCAAAAUCGUUCCGAUGAAGACGUCAUUGUGCGAAUGUUGGAUCCUGAUGGAGUCGUGGUGUACUCGGCCCGUGGUCUUGAACAGAAAGGCUCACUGUCAACAGUGAGACCAUGGUGGCCUCGAGGAAUGGGUGAACCGAAUCUCUAUACAUUGGAGGAACUGGUGGUGCACGGGAACAGAUUCGCUUGGAUGUUUAUCGCCAGAAGGUUCGGUUUCGUACGGUCCGGCUGGCAGCCAAUCACAGUUCAUCAUCAACGCACGAAAACCAUUCUGGUGGCCUUGCGUUUCGGCAUGCACGAGGACUUGAAGAUUCAUGGCGCUGGCUAUAACCCGGGUAGUGAUGACUAA